GGAGGAUAGGACCAGCAUGCACCGGGGUGGGCAUAUAGUUUUUACCAGCAGCAUAUCACAGCACAGGAGAGACAGCACUACAGGAGUUUUCUUUGUUCUUUAAGUUAGUUUGUUUUGUUUGCUUUAUUUAAUAAAUACAAAAAUUGGAAUCCUGCUUGGACAUUUCACUCUCUUCUGGCUGCGUAAAAAUACCGACCACGGUGCAUCAGUGGCGUUUGAUUAUCAUUUGUUUAAGUUUGAUUUAGCCGACAAAUGGCCACUACAACAUGGAACGACCUUAAAAAAGGAUACUGGAUGCUGUUACCGAAAAAAGACGCUCCAUUUAAAUGGGCAUGACAAUGUAGCAGCCGGAGACCCAGGCGGACCUUGGAUGUAGGUUUUAUUUAAUGUUAUUAUUAAACAAACCAGAAGUCAAACUCAACUUUUUCUCUUCUGCCGGUAAACCUGAAUCUUCCUGCUACAGCAGGUAACAACAUCGACAGAGGAAGAAUACUUUUUCUUCUCCAACUUAGAAAACCGUGCAGCGCAUUCCUAAACCUCAAUACUGCCUAAAAUAACAUGUUAUCAGUCCUUAAGUUGAAUUAUAACUCUUUCUCUUGUCCUUAUUUGCAUAUUUGGUAUUGAGAUUUUCCGAAAGUAACAAAAAGUUGCCAAGUCAUGAUAUUGUGAUACUUGGAUUGGGUUGCUGACUACAUUUCUUUUUAAAAGGUAACUAGUAAUUGUAUGGAAAUACAUUUAUAAAGUAACUUUACUCUAUUAAAGGGCCAGUGUGUAGCAUUUCAAGGGAUCUAUUGGCCGAAAUAGAAUAUAACAUUCCAAACCUUAAAUAUGUCCUCACAGGUGCUGUAAUGAUGUAAACAUGUGUUUCCUCAGAGUUUCAGUAAUGCAGACCUUGUGGAUGAGGAGCCCUCACCGGGGGAGAGGAGCUGCUCCACUCCACAAUGGAGGUGCUAUGCCAAGUACAUCAGCUCCCAGCAGAUCAUCCUCACCUUCCUCCCUGCUUUCUUCACAGACGUCCUGAUGCUGAUGGCGUCGGGGCUGGAGGCGGAGCCUCGGAGCAACGUCAGCACGCAGGAUAACGACACUCUGAGCCCCAGCAACAAAUCCCAGGCUGACUCCCUGUCCAGCUCCACCGGCGGUCUGGAGAGGUCCGAGUCCAGCCUCGGUUUGUCCGACAAGCUGAGGAGGAGCUCCAGCACCAGGUCCCCCGGGCUCUCACCGCGGUCCGAGGGCCAGGCCGGGCCCGCCGACUCCCUGAUCCCGGACCAGGACAGCUGGGACAGCAUAGUGUCAGUGUCUGAGACUGGGACCCCAGGCUCAGAUCUGGGAGAAAAAGAGGGAGUCCAGUUCUCUGAACCACAGAAGGCAGAUUUCCACAUCAGCUUCAGCAGGCAGGUGUCCCAGCAGAGCACCAGUGAAGGCAGCCAAUUAAGGUGUCCGGUCUACGUCUACAACUGCUCCCUGGAGCACCUGAAGGAGCAGCUGGUUCACCCCAACUCCAGCCGCCAGCCCAGGGACGUGUUCUUCAGAGCUCAAGAUGCUGAGUCCUGGGAGAUGUGUCAGCAGGUGAAGUUCAGGUCACUGUCCCAGGACCGCAGCAGUCCGUCCCCUUGGACCGACCUCCUGGCUCAGCCUCACAAACACAAGGAGCUCGCCAACUACUGCAGCCUGCUGCAAGAGCAUUACCACCAGAGCUACGUCAGAGGUGUGUACCGCAGCCUGCAGCAGUCCUACAGCAUCAGCUCACAGGACGUCCUGAUGGCCAUGGACUACUGCGAAGAAUCCCUGCAGGAGAUCGACGUCACCUCCUUCCUGCAGACCCUCUGUGGACACAUCCGGGUCUUCAGGGAGCACCCCGGGAUGCCAAGAUGGGGAGGCAAUCCAACACCUUCGAGGAGCCCUGCCACCUUCAUCAUUGGAGAGGUGGAGGGGCAGCGACCAGAUGACAGGGCCGCCGUGGCCUCCUCGUCCAGCAUUGACAUGGAGGAUGCCAGUGAACCUGAGUCCAGAGGGAAGUCCUCUGCUCCCACAUCUCCACUGAUCUUGGAUGAGUCCAAGACGGCCAAGAUCCCAGAGUUCCCUCUGCUGCUGCUUCAAACACAGCCCAAGUGUGAAGUGUAUCCAGAUCUGCACGGCAUCAUACAGGGUAAGUUCAUGGGGAUCGUGUCCCAGUAUUUCAAAACUGUGCCCUCCAACCCGCACUACUUCUUCUACUGCCCGCCUUCAUGCAAGAGAGAGGAGGACUCGGAGGACGGGGACACGGGGAGGAGGCCCAGUGAGGAGCUGGUGUCAGAGGCUGAGCUGGAUACUGAGGACGAAAACUUCUCCGGCUGCUGCAUCAUGACGGAGAGCGACACUGAUUUGGUGGUGGAGUGGCACGGUGAGGGCGACGACCAGUCCAUGUCGGACUCCAACACGGUCAACCAGGACCAGGACUCCUUCAGCAUCCUGGAGGGAGACUCCCUGCUGGAGGUCGAGGGGCCGCUGCUGGACAUGCCGCCGCUGUUUGUUCACGUCACCUGCUCCGUCAACAUGAAGAGCUGCCACGGCUCCAUGCCCGUUCAGACGCUGCCCACCUGCCUCGGUGAGAUCAUUUCCUGCUUGGAGAAUGCCGAAGCCCUGCAGUCCGUGGAUCUGAACGAGCUCUUAGUCACGCUAGAUCUGUUUGUCCUGACUCUACCUCUGGAGAUCGAAGUCAUGGCUGAUUUCCAUCAUAACCGGUACACCUCAGAGAGCAGUGUGUCCCUGAACCGCUCACCAGCACAGCCCUCCUCCUAUCGCUCCGACGAGGAGCUGAUGGCGGAGUUGGACAGUCUGAGGGGAGCCGGUGCUGAUGGGGUCUCCAGUGAUCCCUUAUCCAAACUCCCUCUUCCUCACAAGUUAGCAAUUCUGGCCACAAUGGACGAGAUCCGCUGGCUGCUGGAGGAUGAAAUCGUCUCCGCUCUGCGUCACUCUCGGGUCAUCAGCUCGGCCACGCUGCAGAAAGUGUCCGAGCACGUUUUGCGCUCCAUCGGGCGACCGCACUGUCUCUGCGAAGAUGUCCCGCUUCAGUUUGUCUUUGGGCCGGAGCAGUCUCUGGAGAGAUUCAGAGAGGAGUUCCGCAGAAUGUCUUUCUCUGGCUACGUGCUGAACGGAGAGCAGGGCAGCUUCUACUACAUGUCCCUGAGCAGACUGCACCCCCACAGGAUCCACGCUGCCAAGAGGCUGUCGGAGAGCACCGCGGACCCCCAGCAGCGCACCCACCCCUGCGGCGCCGCAGCACCGGUGGAGAACGUGGUGCUGGAGAGUGAAGCAGAGGCUCAGGGGGACAGUGAGAGUGAAGACAAGAAUCCCCUCAGUGCUUCUGCUGACACUCCCAGUGACCCUGCUGCAGAAGCCUUGAAGCCCGAGGCCGACGACGCGGUUUCUCAGAGCUCGGCGAGCACGGUGGGGGACCAAGGUCAGCUCUGUGCCCCCCAGCUCCACACCGAACGCUGCGCAGAUCCUACCUCGCCCCCCAAGACGCCGUCCAGCAUCAGCCUGGCUGAGUCCAUGCAGUCGGCCUCUCACAGCUGUGGCAAACUCAGGCCAAGUCGAGUCCAGAGUGUGGUCUCCAGCCAGGGCAGCCUGGACUCAGACAUGCAGGGUUAUGAUGGCGGCAGCAGUGACUCUGAGUGUGAGAGCCCCACCCUGGAUGAACAGGAGUGUCAGUCCCCUCUGAUACCCGACUUCUGGCUCAUUGUUAAGAUCCACCAGGACAGAGUGAAGGUCUACUCCCAUUCCAGGUGCUUCACAGCCGGCAAAGAGGCCAGUGCUGAGGAGCUGGAGAAGAAGGACGAGGAGCUGCCUGAAUACUUACACCUACAUCAGAUGGUGGUCAGGAGGAUCGGUGAAAUCUGCAGAACAGUCAACCAGCGCAUGCUGCUGCAGGAUUUACACGACAGCCAUGUGUGUAACUCUCUGCUGGUGGCUGAGAGCGAGGAAGACAUCUGGAAGAACGAGUCUCUCUACAGGCAGCGGCUCAACACCUCUGACGACUACAACACGGAGGAGAGCUACCAGGCCAGAGACUACCUGGCAGCCACCAUGCAGUUCAUCCCUGGACAUUUUGCCUGCGACGUGGUGUGGAGCACAAUCAUCCACAUUCACCCCCGCCUCAAGAUGGGACCCAACAUGGGGGUGUCCAGGGCGAUGCAGCCCCUGCGCUCUGUGCUCAACUCCUUCUGUGUGGUCAACAGGAAGAACAUGUUUGUCUACCAGGAGCGUACAACCAAAUCAGUCUACUACCUCAGACUCUGUGAAACAUCACUAACAGGGAAAUACUCAGACGUGGAUGGAAACCUCCACAUGACCCGCUCCAUUGGGCUCGCUAGGAGUCAAGAGCCCUUGUUUUCUGAGGACCUCAUGGUAAGUCAACAAAUGCACCACACACAACGACAAAGACAGUCAUGUCCUCUGGUUUUGGUUCCUGUUAGAGCUGCACACUUGCCUGGAAUCCAGUCAGUUUGCAAAGUGACGACUGGUGACUUAACUUGGACUCGUCUGCUAUGAGACAUGACUUAUUUGAGACUUGACUGCCUGAAGGCUCUAUUUGACUUGAGACUUGAACUCAAAAAGCUGAGGAGACUCAACCUAAGAUAUCAUGGCACAAUAAUACAACCGGAAAAAUAAUCCAUUCAAAUUCAACAACUAAGUUGAAACCUGACUUUGACUCGUCUAAAGAAUUGUGAUUUGACUUUAACUUGUUUUUAAUGACUUGAGACUUGACUAUGACUUGUCUUUAAUGAC